ACUACAACUCCAACCACUACUACAACCCCAACAACUACUAUAACUCUAACCACAACUACAACUCCAACCACUGCUAUAACUCCAACAACUACUACAACUCCAUCAACAACUGCAACUCCGACAACUACUACAAGUCCAACCGCUACUACAACUCCAACUACUACUACAACUCCAACCACUACUACAACUCCAACCACUACUACAACUCAAACCACUACUACAACUCCAACCACUACUACAACUCCAACCACUACUACAACUCCAACUACAACUACAACACCAACCACUACAAUAACCCCAACCACUACUUCAUCUCCAACCACUACUACAACUCCAACCACAACUACAACACCAACAUCUACUGCACCUCCAACGACUACUACAACUCCAACCACUACUACAACCCCAACAACUACUACAACUCCAACCACAACUACAACUCCAACCACAACUACAACUCCAACCACUACUAUAACUCCAACCACUACUACAACACCAACCACAACUACAACUCCAACCACUACUACAACCCCAACAACUACUACAACUCCAACCACUACUACAACUCCAACAACAAGUACAACUCCAACCACUACUACAACCCCAACCACUACUACAACUCCAACCACUACUACAACUCCAACCACUACUACAUCACCAACCACUACUACAACUCCAACCACUACUGCAACUCCAACCACUACUACAACACCAACCACUACUACAACUCCAACCACUACUACAACUCCAACCACUACAACACCAACCACUACUACAACACCAACCACUACUACAACUCCAACCACUACUACAACUCCAACAACAACUACAACUCCAACCACUACUACAACCCCAACAACUACUAUAACUCUAACCACAACUACAACUCCAACCACUGCUAUAACUCCAACAACUACUACAACUCCAUCAACAACUGCAACUCCGACAACUACUACAAGUCCAACCGCUACUACAACUCCAACUACUACUACAACUCCAACCACUACUACAACUCCAACCACUACUACAACUCAAACCACUACUACAACUCCAACCACUACUACAACUCCAACCACUACUACAACUCCAACUACAACUACAACACCAACCACUACAAUAACCCAAACCACUACUUCAUCUCCAACCACUACUACAACUCCAACCACAACUACAACACCAACAUCUACUGCACCUCCAACGACUACUACAACUCCAACCACUACUACAACCCCAACAACUACUACAACUCCAACCACAACUACAACUCCAACCACAACUACAACUCCAACCACUACUAUAACUCCAACCACUACUACAACACUAACCACAACUACAACUCCAACCACUACUACAACCCCAACAACUACUACAACUCCAACCACUACUACAACUCCAACCACUAGUACAACUCCAACCACUACUACAACUCCAACCACAACUACAACUUCAACCACAACUACAACUCCAACCACUAGUACAACUCCAACCACUACUACAACUCCAACAACAACUACAACACCAACCACUACUACAACUCCAACAACUACUACAACUCCAACAACAACUACAACUCCAACCACUACUGCAACUUCAACCACUACUACAACACCAACCACUACUUCAACUCCAACCACUACUACAACUCCAACCACAACUACAACACCAACUACUACUACAACUCCAACCACUACUACAACUCCAACAACAACUACAACUCCAACCACUACUACAAUCCCAAACACUACUACAACUCCAACCACAACUACAACUCCAAGCACUAGUAGAACUCCAACCACUACUACAACUCCAACCACUACUACAACACCAACCACUACUACAACUCCAACCACUACUACAACUCCAACCACUACUACAACACCAACCACUACUACAACUCCAACCACUACUGCAACUCCAACCACUACUACAAUCCCAAACACUACUACAACUCCAACCACAACUACAACUCCAACCACUAGUAGAACUCCAACCACUACUACAACUCCAACCACUACUACAACACCAACCACUAAUACAACUCCAACCACUACUACAACUCCAACCACUACUACAACACCAACCACUACUACAACUCCAACCACUACUGCAACUCCAACCACUACUACAACACCAACCACUACUACAACUCCAACAACAACUACAACUCCGACCACUACUACAACACCAACCACUACUACAACUCCAACAACAACUACAACUCCAACAACUACUACAACCCCAACCACAACUACAACUCCAACCACAACUCCAAUCACAACUACAACUCCAACAAGUACUACAACUCCAACUCCAACAACUAGUACAACUCCAACCACUACUACAACUCCAACAAAAAUUACAACUCCAACAACUAGUACAACUCCAACCACUACUACAACUCCAACCACAACUACAACUCUAACCACAACUACAACUCCAACCACUAGUACAACUCCAACCACUACUGCAACUCCAACAACAACUACAACUCCAACCACAACUACAACACCAACAACUACUACACCUCCAACGACUACUACAACUCCAACCACUACUACAACCCCAACCACUACUACAACUCCAACCACAACUACAACUCCAACCACUAGUACAACUCCAACCACUACUAUAACUCCAACCACUACUACAACACCAACCACUAGUACAACUCCAACCACUACUACAACUCCAACCACAACUACAACUUCAACCACAACUACAACUCCAACAACAACUACAACAACAACCACUACUACAACUCCAACAAAAACUACAACUCCAACCACUACUACAACUCCAACUAUAACUACAACUCCAACCACUACUACAACCCCAACAACUACUACAACUCCAACCACUAUUACAACUCCAACCACUAGUACAACUCCAACCACUACUACAACUCCAACAACAACUACAACACCAACCACUACUACAACUCCAACAACUACUACAACUCCAACAACAACUACAACUCCAACCACUUCUGCAACUUCAACCACUACUACAACACCAACCACUACUUCAACUCCAACCACUACUAUAACUCCAACCACAAUUACAACACCAACCACUACAACAACUCCAACCACUACUACAACUCCAACCACUACUACAACUCCAACCACUACUACAACACCAACCACUACUACAACUCCAACCACUACUACAACUCCAACCACUACUACAACUCCAACCACUACUACAACUCCAACAACAACUGCAACUCCGACAACUACUACAACUCCAACCGCUACUACAACUCCAACUACUACUACAACUCCAACCACUACUACAACUCCAACCACUACUACAACUCCAACAACAACUGCAACUCCGACAACUACUACAACUCCAACCGCUACUACAACUCCAACUACAACUACAACUCCAACCACUAUAAUAACCCCAACCACUACUACAACUCCAACCACUACUACAAUCCCAACAACUACUAGAACUCCAACCACAACUACAACUCCAACAAGUACUACAACUCCAACAACAACUCCAACUCCAACAACUAGUACAACUCCAACCACAACUACAACUCCAACAACAACUACAACACCAACCACUACUACAACUCCAACAAGUACUACAACUCCAACAACAACUCCAACUCCAACCACUACUGCAACUUCAACAACAACUACAACUCCAACAACUACUACAACACCAACAACUACUACAACUCCAACCACUACUACAACUCCAACCACUACUACAACUCCAACCACAACUGCAACUCCAACAACUAGUACAACUCCAACCACUACUACAACUCCAACCACUACUACAACAGCAACCACUGCUACAACUCCAACCACUACUACAACUCCAACCACAACUACAACUCCUACCACUACUACAACUCCAACCACUACUACAACUCGUACAACUAGUACAACUCCAACCACAACUACAACUCCAACCACUACUACAACUCCAACAACUACUACAACACCAACCACUACUACAACUCCAACAACUACUACAAAUCCAACAACAACUACAACUCCAACAACAACUACAACUCCAACCACUACUACAACUCCAACAACAAGUACAACUCCAACCACUACUACAACUCCAACAACAAGUACAACUCCAACCACUACUACAACCCCAACCACUACUACAACUCCAACCACUACUACAACUCCAACCACUACUACAUCACCAACCACUACUACAACUCCAACCACUACUGCAACUCCAACCACUACUACAACACCAACCACUACUACAACUCCAAAAACAACUACAACUCAUACCACUACUACAAGACCAACCACUACUACAACUCCAACAACAACUACAACUCCAACAACUACUACAACCCCAACAACUACUACAACUCCAACCACAACUACAACUCCAACCACAACUACAACACCAACAACUACUGAACCUCCAACAACUACUACAACUCCAACCACUAUUACAACCCCAACAACUACUACAACUCCAACCACAACUACAACUCCAACAACUACUACAACUCCAACCACUACUAUAACUCCAACCACUACUACAACACCAACCACAACUACAACUCCUACCACUACUACAACUCCAACCACUACUACAACUCCAACAAAAACUACAACUCCAACCACUACUACAACACCAACUACAACUACAACUCCAACCACUACUACAACUCCAACAACAACUACAACACCAACCACUACUACAACUCCAACAACUACUACAACUCCAACAACAACUACAACUCCAACCACUACUGCAACUUCAACCACUACUACAACACCAACCACUACUUCAACUCCAACCACUACUGCAACUCCAACCACAACUACAACACCAACUACUACUACAACUCCAACCACUACUACAACUCCAACCACUACUACAACUCCAACCACUACUACAAUCCCAACAACUACUACAACUCCAACCACAACUACAACUCCAACCACUAGUAGAACUCCAACCACUACUACAACUCCAACCACUAGUACAAUUCCAACCACUACUACAAAUCCAACCACUAGUACAACUCCAACCACUACUACAAUUCCAAAAAAAACUACAACACCAACCACUAUUACAAUUUCAACAACUACUACAACUCCAACAACUACUACGACUCCAACCAUUACUACAACUCCAACCACUAAUACAACACCAACCACUACUACAACUCCAACCACUACUACAACACCAACCACUACUACAACUCCAACCACUACUACAACUCCCUCGACUACUAGAACUUCAACCACUACUACAAAUCCAACCACUACUACAACACCAACCACUACUACAACACCAACCACUUCUACAACUCCAACCACUACUACAACUCCAACAACAACUACAACUCCAACCACUACUACAACCCCAACCACUACUACAACUCCAACCACAACUACAACUCCAACCACUACUACAACUCCAAGAACUACUACAACUCCAACAACAACUGCAACUCCGACAACUACUACAACUCCAACCGCUACUACAACUCCAACUACUACUACAACUCCAACCACUACUACAACUCCAACCACUACUACAACUCCAACGACAACUACAACUCCAACCACUACUGCAACUUCAACCACUACUACAACUCCAACCACAACUACAACACCAACCACUACUACAACUCCAACCACUACUACAACUCCAACCACUACUACAACUCCAACCACAACUACAACUCCAACCAUUACUACAACCCCAACCACUACUACAACUCCAACCACAACUACAACUCCAACCACUAGUAGAACUCCAACCACUACUACAACUCCAACCACUACUACAACACCAACCACUACUACAACUCCAACCACUACUACAACUCCAACCACUACUACAACACCAACCACUACUACAAUUCCAACCACUACUGCAACUCCAACCACUACUACAACACCAACCACUACUACAACUCCAACAACAACUACAACUCCGACCACUACUACAACACCAACCACUACUACAACUCCAACAACAACUACAACUCCGACCACUACUACAACCCCAACCACUAAUACAACUCCAACAACAACUACAACCCCAACAACUACUAUAACUCGAACCACAACUACAACUCCAACCACUAGUACAACUCCAACCACUACUACAAAUCCAACCACUAGUACAACUCCAAUCACUACUACAAUUCCAACAACAACUACAACACCAACCACUAUUACAAUUUCAACCACUACUACAACUCCAACAACUACUACAACUCCAACCAUUACUACAACUCCAACCACUACUACAACACCAACCACUACUACAACUCCAACCACUACUACAACACCAACCACUACUACAACUCCAACCACUACUACAACUCCAACAACUACUACAACCCCAACAACUACUACAACUCCAACCACAACUACAACUCCAACCACUAGUACAACUCCAACCACUAUUACAAAUCCAACCACUAGUACAACUCCAACCACUUCUACAAUUCCAACAACAACUACAACACCAACCACUAUUACAAUUUCAACCACUACUACAACUCCAACCACUACUUCGACUCCAACCAUUACUACAACUCCAACCACUAAUACAACACCAACCACUACUACAACUCCAACCACUACAACACCAACCACUACUACAACUCCAACCACUACUACAACUCCCUCGACUACUAGAACUUCAACCACUACUACAACACCAACCACUACUACAACACCAACCACUACUACAACACCAACCACUACUACAACUCCAACCACUACUACAACUCCAACAACAACUACAACUCCAACAACUACUACAACCCCAACCACUACUACAACUCCAACCACUACUACAACUCCAACAACAACUACAACACCAACAACUACUACAACUCCAACGACUACUACAACUCCAACCACUACUACAAUCCCAACGACUACUAGAACUCCAACCACAACUACAACUCCAACAAGUACUACAACUCCAACAACAACUCCAACUCCAACCACUAGUACAACUCCAACCACAACUACAACUCCAAAAACAACUACAACACCAACCAUUACUACAACUCCAACAAGUACUACAACUCCAACCACAACUACAACUCCAACCACUAGUACAACUCCAACCACUACUACAACUCCAACAACAACUACAACACCAACCACUACUACAACUCCAACAACUACUACAACUCCAACAACAACUACAACUCCAACCACUACUGCAACUUCAACCACUACUAAAACUCCAACUACUACUACAACUCCAACAACAACUACAACACCAACCACUAUUACAAUUUCAACCACUACUACAACUCCAACCACUACUACAACACCAACCACUACUACAACUCCAACCACUACUACAACACCAACCACUACUACAACUCCAACCACUACUACAACUCCCUCGACUACUAGAACUUCAACCACUACUACAACACCAACCACUACUACAACACCAACCACUACUACAACACCAACCACUACUACAACACCAACCACUACUACAACUCCAACCACUACUACAACUCCAACAACAACUACAACUCCAACAACUACUACAACACCAACCACUACUACAACUCCAACCACUACUACAACUCCAACAACAACUACAACACCAACAACUACUACAACUCCAACGACUACUACAACUCCAACCACUACUACAAUCCCAACGACUACUAGAACUCCAACCACAACUACAACUCCAACAAGUACUACAACUCCAACAACAACUCCAACUCCAACCACUAGUACAACUCCAACCACAACUACAACUCCAACAACAACUACAACACCAACCAUUACUACAACUCCAACAAGUACUACAACUCCAACCACAACUACAACUCCAACCACUAGUACAACUCCAACCACUACUACAACUCCAACAACAACUACAACACCAACCACUACUACAACUCCAACAACUACUACAACUCCAACAACAACUACAACUCCAACCACUACUGCAACUUCAACCACUACUAAAACUCCAACUACUACUACAACUCCAACAACAACUACAACACCAACCACUAUUACAAUUUCAACCACUAAUACAACUCCAACAACUACUACAACUCUAACCACUACUACAACACCAACCACUACUACAACUCCUAUCACUACUACAACUCCAACCACUACUACAAUUCCAACAACAACUACAACUCCAACCACUACUACAACUCCAACAACUACUACAACUCCAACCACAACUACAACUCCAACAACUAGUACAACUCCAACCACUACUACAACUCCAACAACUAGUAGAACACCAACCACUACUACAACUCCAACAACAACUACAACUCCAACAACUACUACAACUCCAACCACUACUAUAACUACAACUACUACUACAACUCCAACAACUACUACAACUACUACAACUCCAACAAGAACUACAAAUCCAACAACUACUACAACUUCAACCACAACUACAACUCCAACAACUAGUACAAUUCCAACAACUACUACAACUCCAGCAACUAUUACAACUCCAACCACUACUACAACUCCAAAAACAACUACAACUCCAACCACUACUACAACUCCAACCACUACUACAACACCGACCACUACUACAACUCCAACCACUACUACAACUCCAACGACUACUACAACUCCAACCACUACUACAAUCCCAACGACUACUAGAACUCCAACCACAACUACAACUCCAAAUAGUACUACAACUCCAACAACAACUCCAACUCCAACCACUAGUACAAAUCCAACCACAACUACAACUCCAACCACAACUACAACUCCAACCACUAGUACAACUCCAACCACUACUACAACUCCAACAACAACUACAACACCAACCACUACUACAACUCCAACAAGUACUACAACUCCAACCACAACUACAACUCCAACCACUAGUACAACUCCAACCACUACUACAACUCCAACAACAACUACAACACCAACCACUACUACAACUCCAACAACUACUACAACUCCAACAACAACUACAACUCCAACCACUACUGCAACUUCAACCACUACUAAAACUCCAACUACUACUACAACUCCAACAACAACUACAACACCAACCACUAUUACAAUUUCAACCACUACUACAACUCCAACAACUACUACAACUCUAACCACUACUACAACUCCAACCACAACUACAACUCCGACAACUACUACAACACCAACCACUACUACAACUCCUAUCACUACUACAACUCCAACCACUACUACAAUUCCAACAACAACUACAACUCCAACCACUACUACAACUCCAACAACUACUACAACUCCAACCACAACUACAACUCCAACAACUAGUACAACUCCAACCACUACUACAACUCCAACAACUACUAGAACACCAACCACUACUACAACUCCAACAACAACUACAACUCCAACAACUACUACAACUCCAACCACUACUAUAACUACAACUACUACUACAACUCCAACAACUACUACAACUACUACAACUCCAACAAGAACUACAAAUCCAACAACUACUACAACUUCAACCACAACUACAACUCCAACAACUAGUACAAUUCCAACAACUACUACAACUCCAGCAACUACUACAACUCCAACCACUACUACAACUCCAAAAACAACUACAACUCCAACCACUACUACAACUCCAACCACUACUACAACACCGACCACUACUACAACUCCAACCACUACUACAACUCCAACAACAACUACAACUCCAACAACUACUACAACUCCAACCACUACUACAACUCCAACAGCUACUAAAACUCCAACCACUACUAGAACACAAAUUAUUACUACAACUCCAACCACUACUACAAUUCCAACAACUACUACAACUCCAACAACAACUACAACACCAACCACUACUACAACACUAACCACUACUACAACUCCAACAACUACUGCAACUCCAACAAUGACUACAACGCCAAACACUACUAUAACACCAAUCACUACUACAACCCCAACCACUACUACAUCUCGGAGAAGUAGUGCAACUCCAACAACUACUACAACACCAACAACUGCUGCAACUCCAACAAUGACUACAACGCCAACCACUACUGCACCUCCUACAACUGAUAAAACACCAAGAACUACUACAAUUCCAACCAGUAAUACAUCUCCAACAACUACUUCAACUCCUACUACUACUGCAAUUCCAACAACUAUUACAACUCCAAUAACUACUACAACUCCAACAACUACUAUAACUCCAACCACUACAGCAAGUCCCACAACUACUACAACUCCAACCACUACUAGAACUCCUACAACGACAACAACUCCAACCACUACUACAACUCCAACAACUACUGGAACACCAACCACUACUACAACUCCAACAACAACUACAACUCCAACAACUACUACAACUCCAACCACUACUAUAACUACAACUACUACUACAACUCCAACAACUACUACAACUACUACAACUCCAACAAGAACUACAAAUCCAACAACUACUACAACUUCAACCACAACUACAACUCCAACAACUAGUACAAUUCCAACAACUACUACAACUCCAGCAACUACUACAACUCCAACCACUACUACAACUCCAAAAACAACUACAACUCCAACCACUACUACAACUCCAACCACUACUACAACACCGACCACUACUACAACUCCAACCACUACUACAACUCCAACAACAACUACAACUCCAACAACUACUACAACUCCAACCACUACUACAACUCCAACAGCUACUAAAACUCCAACCACUACUAGAACACAAAUUAUUACUACAACUCCAACCACUACUACAAUUCCAACAACUACUACAACUCCAACAACAACUACAACACCAACCACUACUACAACACUAACCACUACUACAACUCCAACAACUACUGCAACUCCAACAAUGACUACAACGCCAAACACUACUAUAACACCAAUCACUACUACAACCCCAACCACUACUACAUCUCGGAGAAGUAGUGCAACUCCAACAACUACUACAACACCAACAACUGCUGCAACUCCAACAAUGACUACAACGCCAACCACUACUGCACCUCCUACAACUGAUAAAACACCAAGAACUACUACAAUUCCAACCAGUAAUACAUCUCCAACAACUACUUCAACUCCUACUACUACUGCAAUUCCAACAACUAUUACAACUCCAAUAACUACUACAACUCCAACAACUACUAUGACUCCAACCACUACAGCAAGUCCCACAACUACUACAACUCCAACCACUACUAGAACUCCUACAACGACAACAACUCCUACCACUACUACAACUCUAACAACUACUAGAAGUCCAACAACUACUACAACUCUGACAUCUACAGCUACAUCAACAACGACUACAACUGCAACCACUACUACAAUUCCAACAACUACUGCACCUCCUACAACUACUAAAACACAAACACUAACAACUUCACAAGAUCCUACAGUUCCAAAUGGUUUAACAAAUGCAAGCACAACUACAUCAUUAACGUCAGUUGAAACUCAAACUACUUCUACAACACCAACUAAAACUACAAACCCAACAACUAUUACAACUUCAACAACAACUCCUACAACUUCAGGCCUAACUACCCUUCAAAGCACUACCACAAUUCAAAACACACAUACAACAUCAUCCACAACUUCAACUCAAUACACUGCUACUACGCCAACUAGUACUUCAAAUCCAACAUUUACUACAACUCCCACAACUCCUACAAUUCCAAGCAAAAUGACAAAUCCAAUUACAACAACAAAUCCAAGCAUGACAACAGCUCAAACAACAUCAACAACUCCAACCAUGACUACAGCUCAAGAACAUCAACAACUCCAACCAUGACUACAUCUCAAACAACAUCAACAACUCCAACCAUGACUACAGCUCAAACAACAUCAACAACUCCAACCAUGACUACAACUUUAAACAAGAUCCAAACUCUGACCUCGACUGAACCAUCAAUCAAUAGUACAA